AUGUUGAAGUCACAAAAUCCCAUCAAUUCAUCAGCUCUCAACACGCUCCCACAGACUCAACAACCAUCCAAUGAGCAGCAGGACAAAGAGCCAAGAAUUUUCAUUCUUUUCAACAUGCUCAAGUUGGAGAAACCCAUUCAUCCUCUCCUAUGCCUUUUGAUUCAUGUUUACAUGAUCAUUCAAACUUUUUCAUUAGGAAUUUCUAUUGAUUAUCAUUGGGGAAGUUACGGUAGAAUCGUUCAACAUGUGUUGAUUUCUUUCAGCUCAUUUGGCGUUCAGUUUCUUGAAUACUAUGAAGGAUUUAUUGCCAUUCUGGCUGUGGCUAUUGUAUUGCAACUUGCAGUCAUGAUUCUAUUAGUGGCCACAUUUCGAGCGACCAUUCACGGCAAAUAUUUGAAAGAACUUCGAAAGAUCUCUCGACUCGCAUUUGCAACCAUGUUCUUUCUGAGUUGUCCACUUACUUAUGGAAUGGCUUUGGGUUUUUGGGAUUGUAAUUAUUUCUCUUCAUCAUUCACCAAUCAAACAGAGAUGGUAGCUUUGAGAAAAUUUCCAUCCAUCCCUUGUUGGAAUUCUACCAAUUCUGUUCUUGCCGUCCUGUCUCUCAUGUUGAUAGUCAUUCAAAUGGUGACUUCAUUCAUGACCACGACCGUAUUUUGUGAUACUUUUCUCACCUCAAAGUCUCUUUUUGUUUUGGAAACACCUUUCAUCAUGUCCUAUGUGAUGACUUCGAAUCAAUUAUACAUUAUUCUAUCCAUUGUUACGCCCCAUCAUGUGAUGUAUUUGAGACCCAUCUACUAUAUUCUCAUUUCAACAUUUUUUUGUGUAUUAUUAUUGAGAAAUUUACCAUUCCUUAGAAGAAGAGCAAAUACAUUCUAUGGAGGUAUUGGAUUAGCUCGAGUUGGAAUUGGAAUUGCAUCACUUGUAUCAUCAAUUUUAAAUCCAUACGAUGAAUGGCAAUUUGGAUUAGGAUUGUCCUUCUCUCCACUCGUUGCAGGCUUGUUAGGAUUUACACUUGGAUGUCUCAUCACAGAACUCUAUACACUCUACCUGUUUAAAAAAGGUAAAAACGCAAUUGCAGAAUGUAUUGAACAGCAGACGACUAUGAGUGAAGAUCAUGAAUGCCCAAUGUCUCAUUAUUUCAAUCGAUACACCAAGCAUGUGAAUUGCUUUAUUCGAAGUUCACUUAAAACGACUCAUCAGUCCAAUGUACAACUCAUUGAGGAUGUGUUGAAAGUCCUUCAAAAACAACAGAAACAUCACUCCAUGGAUGCAUUGAAAGACUUACCAUGUAGCUCUCUCAUGCUUCUCUCCUUAUUUCUCUCAAGUUUCAAAAAGAAGCACUCGAUGAAAUUCAAAUUUUCAGAAUGCUUGUUAUCGAUCGCCAAUCAGAAAUGUCCAUCCUAUGACUAUUUUACAAGAUAUACCAUAUCUUUUAGAUUUAGAGAACUUCAAUAUGAUGGGAAAGCAAGUUUGGCGAGUACUGAAUUUGUACUGAGUCGUGUCAAAUCCAAUAUUCCAAAACUUCGAAAACAGACCUACCUUUUUUGGAAGCAUAUUCAUUUAGGAUUAGAUGUUCAUCAAAUACUUCAAAACAUGUACAAACUCUCGCAAGAAUGUGAAUUGUCUCUUUACAACAUGAUAAGGGAACGUGAAGACGAAGACCUUAUCAAACUCUAUGCUUCAUUCAUGGAAGAAUUUAAAUUUGAAAAAGUUACAGAAGAUGAAUUUUCUCAAAUAGAAAAUGAAUUGCUCUUUGGAAACGACCAAACACAGGAUCAAACGUCAUCACUUGAAUCCUCACAAGAAGAAGAUUUUGUCUGUAACCAAAAAGAAGCAUUUUCUAGCGCCAUUCGUAAACAAGUGGGUAAUGACAAGACUCUUAUUGGAUUAUUGACCUCUGUGUGUUUCAUUGCUUUUUUGUUUAUUAUGGGAUUGGUGACUUGCAAUCUUGCCUCUACUGAGAAGCAUGAUUUUAAUUCCAUCAUGUUGAAAUCAUCACAUGUGAGUGCACUUCCUUAUUUAACAGUUUCAGAAAUUGAUGUUUUAUGGAAUACCUCGUUGGGCAAUAUUACAAGGACUGAGAAUAUUCUUAGUAGAGGUGUGGGAUGGAUCGAUAGUUUUGUCAAUUCCUAUGAAACAGAUGUUCCUUUCACGAUGAAGCAAAAUGUCAAUAAUUUCUCAGAAUAUUUUGUGUUCAAGACUUCCACCCCUCCAGUUGUUAAAAAGACAUCUGUCAUGUGGUUUGUGCAAAAAUUGAAAACAAGAAUAGAUGAUUUCGUAUCUCACUACUCUUCACAAAACAUGAACACAACCAUUGAAAAUUAUCAAAUAUUAUCCAUUAAUUUAGACACUUCUACUCGGGCGAUUUCACAUUUUAUUUCUUCGUUAAGACAAUAUCAAUCAGAAAGCAUUGAAAAGAGUACGAUAGAAUUUAUUUCGUCGUUUUCUUCUGUUUCUGUUUUAUUCAUUCUCUACGUGAUUUGUAACUUUGGAGUAUGUUACAUGUUCAUUCGAAAAAGAAGUGCCAUAUUGAAUUUAUUCAAAAUGAUCCCAAAAAAAGAAAUCGAAAAAGUAUUGGAAAAGCUGUCUCAGAAAAUGGAAUUCAAAAACAUAUCAGAAGCAAGCGAUCGAAAGAAGAAUUCCUUUCCCAAGCAUGUCAUUGUCAUUACCUGUCUCAUUUUGGUAUUGUUGUUGUUAUUACCUGUUUAG